CGUCAUUCCGCUUGCCCCCAACCCGCGACGCUUCAGAUUCUGGAGCCUUAUUCAGAGUUCGGUUGAAUCGCCGUGAACAUGUCGCACAUUUCGGAGGGGCAUAUAUAAUACUCACGACUGAUACCCCCGGCCAAGACUAAUUACCGUAUCUUCAACCCGCACGCUAUUUCAAGACUGCGCAAUUCAUUAACAUCGAACACUUGUCAUUCUCGAGUUAAUCCGAGAGUUGUUUCGUUUUAUUAUUUAUUAUGUGUUAAGAACGAUAAUUAGACCCUUUCGAGAGAGAAAGAGAGGGGAAAACCACACAAUAUGGCGGGACCAGACUAUGACCUAGUCGAGUCCAAAGACGGCGAAACCCCCAACAUUCAAGUACCGUCCCGCACCUACGGUUUCCCACCAGAAGCCUUCGACUGGAGCCGACUCCCGGACUUUGAUACCAACUUUCUCCCUCCGGAACAUGUCGAGGCUUUUAUCCAAGCCCUCUCGGCGCCAGACCCGAUCCCGCCAACUCCCGAUGGCGGCGCCACCGCCUCGUCGACCUUCCGUAUUAACAGCCCGGCGUGGCCUAGGGGCUCCACGACCAGCCUCGAUGUCGACUUCUCCAGGCGCCCCGAGUCCUCGCGCAUGAGCAUCCACGAGGAGGACCGCAGCGCAAAGGACAGCGCAGCGGUCUCCGCCACAGCAUCAGCAGCCGGCGUAGCCACACCGCGCCCGCCGCUGAGCCGGCAACCCAGCACCGGCAGCCUGUUCAUCUCGGCGCGGAACGACUGGGCGCCGGUGCGCGAGAAGGUGCUCCGCGGCGGCAGGGACGCGCCGCCCAAGUCGUCGUCGUCGUCGCGCAGCGACGCGGAGAAGAAGCGCGCGCGCUCCAAGGACGAGACCCGCGAGGGCUACUUCUACGGCAUCCUCAAGUGGCCGCUGUUCGUCGGCGUCACCGGCUGGCUGCUGGGCCUCUCCUUCGUCUACAUCUCCACCCGCCUGUACAUCACCCUCUACGAGCAGCUCGUCGCCUGGCGCGGCCAGCGCGCGCGCCUGCGCCGCGCCAUGCGCGCCACGAGUCGCUACCGCGACUGGGUCGCCGCCGCCCGCCGCAUGGACGACUUCCUCGGCAACGGCCGCUGGAAGGUCGACGACGUGUUUGCGUACUACGAUAACAGGACCGUGAAGCGCGUGCUGUCCGAGAUGAAGCGGUGCCGGCGGCGCGCGGAGGAGGCUGGGGGGAGGGAUACAGAGCAGGGCAGGCAGGCGAUCGAGGACUUGAAGGUGCUGAUUGAGGCGUGCGUCAAGAAUAACUUUGCGGGCAUCGAGAAUCCGAGGCUGUAUAGCCAGACGUACUAUGGGACGAAGAAUUUGGUGCAGAAUUAUAUUGAUGAGGUCGAACGAAGUCUCAAGUUCCUCGUCGAGACUGACCGGCUCUCGAAGGAGGAGAAACGCGUCAUGUUCAAGGGCAUCUGUGCCAAUUACGGCCGCACAGCGCUGUGCUUGUCGGGGGGCGCAACGUUUGCCUACUACCACUUCGGCGUCGUCAAGGCGCUGCUCGAGGAGGACUACCUCCCCGACAUCAUCACGGGCACGAGCGGCGGCGCGCUGGUGGCCGCCCUCGUAGCCACCCGCACCAACGAAGAGCUCAAGGAGAUCCUCAUACCGGCCCUCGCCUGCCGCAUCACGGCCUGCCGCGAGCCCAUCAGCGUCUGGUUCCGCCGCUGGUGGAAGACGGGCGCGCGCUUCGACUCGGUCGACUGGGCGCGCCAGUGCGCCUGGUGGACGCGCGGGUCCCUGACCUUCCGCGAGGCCUACGAGCGCACGGGGCGCAUCCUCAACGUCUCGUGCGUGCCCGCCGACCAGCACUCGCCCACCAUCCUCUGCAACUACCUCACCAGCCCGGACUGCGUCAUCUGGUCCGCCGUACUAGCCUCGGCCGCCGUCCCCGGAAUCCUCAACCCGGUAGUCCUCCUCAUGAAAACCCGCUCCGGCCAACUCCUCCCCUACUCCUUCGGCCACAAGUGGAAAGACGGCUCGCUCCGCACCGACAUCCCCAUCAAGGCGCUCAACCUCCAAUUCAACGUCAACUUCACCAUCGUCAGCCAGGUCAACCCGCACAUCAACCUCUUCUUCUUCUCCUCGCGGGGCUCCGUUGGCCAGCCGGUAACCCACCGCGGCGGGCGCGGCUGGCGCGGCGGGUACGUCGGCUCCGCCCUCAUCCAGUUCGCCAAGCUCGACCUGACCAAGUGGCUGCGCCUGCUGCGCCACCUCGAGCUGCUGCCCCGGCCCCUGGGCCAGGACUGGAGCCUCCUGUGGCUGCAGGACUUUGGCGGCACCGUCACCGUCUGGCCCCGCUGCCUCCUCUCCGACUUUGCGCGGAUUCUGAGCGAUCCGGAUCCGGCUCGUCUGGCGCGCAUGAUCCAUGAGGGCCAGCAGAGCGCGUUUCCGAAGCUGCGGUUUGUUGCGAACCGGCUGCGGGUUGAGCGGCUGGUGGAGAAGGGGCGGCGCGAGAGCAGGCGGGGUGGCGGCGUUGCGUUGGGUGUGUUGGGUGACGGUUCUGGUGGGGAUGGUGACGGGGCUGUUGGGGAGGCGGCGGGGAGGCGGCCGAGCUUCGAGAGCAUCUUGAGCGAGGACGACUUGCAGAGUCUGCUGAGGAAGCGCCGGGUGGGGCCGGACGGUGUGAGCGGCGAGACGGAGACGGAGGACGAGACGACGGAUUUCGAUGCCGACCUCGACGAGGGUAUGAUGACCUUUGAUGGGGAGGAUACUGAGCGUGAGCUCGGCGCGCCGGGGAUGGAACAGCCUCCUGUUGCGACGCCUAGGGGACUGGCUGGUGUUGAGGAGAAGCGUUGAGCGAGGUUGCUUUUGUUCUUUCUGGGGGACAUAUGAGCCCGGCAGGGAGUGACGGAGUGUGUUGGUGUGGUUGGCAGGCUAGACAGUACUACAUACAGACCAUUGAUUGCAUAGAGUAUGGGGCAGGCGAGGCUAUACCUUUGUCGAACCCAAUUUUAGUAUCCGCAACGCGUAUGAACCUUUGGCUCCGUCAGGAAAGGGAUGGAUUGGGUGCCGUGGGUGACUAUCCUUCAUGUUGACCUGUGUGUUUGUCAUAUAAGCUAUUAGCCGUUUAUCCCGUAUAUGUUGAUUGAUCUGGAAGAUCAGUUCGAUUAAAGCUUUAGAGUUACCAUCAGGAUUUCUUGUUCGUAGCCUUAUAAUGCGUGACAUGCUG